AAUUUAAAAAGGAUUCACAAUCUAUAUUUGUGGCUGUAGUAGAAAAUAAUUCAAAAUCACAUUUUAAAUAUUUUACCAUCACAAUCAAGCAAUCAUUACCUAUAGUAAAAAUAAAUUAAUAUCUAGUUUUAUGUGAAAAUCAAGCACGCUUUAAUAAAACUAGUGCAAUUAAUUUUUUUACGUCUUUAACAUUAUUUCGUAAAAUGGCAUCAUAGUGGUUUCGAUCGUAUAAAAUAGUGAACAUGAUUGAUAAGGUGGCCGUCGUUACAGGAGCUAAUCAAGGCAUAGGAUUUGGUAUCGUAAAGCUUUUAUGUAAGCGAGGUGUUAAAACUGUGUAUUUAACAGCGCGUGAUGAGAAACGAGGCACUGAAGCUGUGAAAACUCUGAAUUCUAAGGGCUUUUAUCCAGUAUUUCACCAGCUAGACAUAACAAACGAAGAAAGUAUUAAAAAAUUUGAAUAUUUCAUAAAAAGCCGAGAAAGAGGUAUAGAUAUUUUAGUGAAUAACGCAGCGGUAGCAUGCAAAACCUUUUCAGAAGUGACAUAUGAUGACGCUAAAAACGUAAUAAAUGUAAAUUUUAAUAGCAUUCUGACAAUGGAAAAGUAUAUUUAUCCGUUGUUAAAUGAUGACGCGCGUAUUAUUAACAUAGCAAGUGAUAGUGGUCAUCUUUCUAAAUUAAAAAACAAAUACUGGAUCGAAAGACUAUCGCGAGACGAUCUACAGCUAAAUGAUAUAAAAGAUUUUAUAAGUUGGUUUUUAGAUUCUAUUAAAAAUAACACAUUUAAAAAAGAAGAUUUUACAUGGAACUUUCUUUAUUCCUACGUUGUUUCAAAAAUUGCAGUUUCAGCGUACACGAGAGUGCAACAGAGAAAAAUUGGAAGGGGUAUAUGUAUUAAUUCACUGCACCCAGGUUUUGUGAAAACUUCAAUGACAAAAGGAACUGGUCUUUUAACUAUCGAAGAAGCUGCUGAGGCACCGGUAUAUCUAGCAUUAGAUGCUGAUACAUCUAUAAGAGGGAAAUACAUUUGGUAUGACAAAGCUGAAGUAGAUUGGACGGAUACUUCUUUAGUUUUAAAUUAUGUGGAUGAGCACACUAUGAAAGAAUUUUUGCAAAAAAUCUCUUAAUUUUUCAUAUUGACCCAUUAAGGAUUUUUUAAACUAUAAUUUGUUUGAUUGUUAUAACAAGUACUUCUCAUAUUGUCUGGAAAAAUAUAAUAUUUUUUGAUAUAUAAUUUGCGUAUAUAUUCACAUUCAUUAUUAAGCUAUUUCCAGAAGUCGUAUGGGUUAGGGAUUAUCUCUAGCGAACGUGGAGCUACACCAAAUAUAUAUGUGGAUCGUCUUGUUUAUUUGUUGUACUUGUUAUUUUAGUACCUGCAUCUGUAACUGCACUGCAUGCUUCAAGGUUUCUUUGUUUUAAUGUUUUGCAAUGCAGGAUGGACUUUUGAUAUAAUUGUAUCUGUUAUUUAACUAUAUUGAACGGAUAAUUUAUCUAUUAAUAAUAAUAUACAUAAUAUUGCGA